CCGCCUCUCCCUGCGCUCACUCUCUCUCUCUCUCUCACACACACUCAGACGUGCGCAUACACAGACCAAGGGGGAGAGAGAGAGAGAGAGAGGGAGAGAGGGAGUGUGAGGGGAGAGAACACAUCGCAGCAGAGAUGCAGCAGGAGGUUUUCCGAGAUUUCGGGGGCUGGUCAUGGUGUCCGGUGAGAAGGUGUGGGACCCCCUCCACGCGGGCCUUCUUCAGUCACGUCUGAGUGAGCAACACCUGGCUACUGGGUUAACUCCCCUCUGCAACAUCACACAUAGUGCGACCAAGGACGCCGCGUGCCAACAGAGUCAGCGGUUGUCACCUUUGUCUUCCCCGCCACUGUCAUUAGUGGCUGCAGACACCCUUCACCCGGAUCGGGCCCCCUCACCAUUACACCUGCCUGUCAAUUUCUACGGCUCGAGCAAGAUCGAAGGGCUAUACAAACCAGUCCACUGUCUUCGAGCGGCCUCUCAGCCUGAAGAAGAAGAGGAGGAGGAAGGGGAAGCUGAGCAGUUGGAGAUGAAGGGUAAAAGGCACGGAGGCCGGGGAGAGGCAAUGAUGGAGGACAGGCUUGAGGACAUGGCUGAUGGACCUAAAAAUGCAAAAAUCACCCUAAGCUUCCCACUUAGUGCCGCCCCCCUCCCAGCCUCCCUGACAUCUCCAAACCACUGUCGUAGCUCCUCCUCGUCCUCCCCUUCCCCUCACCGACGGCGGCCAUCCUCCAAGAGCUCGGACGAGGGGUCGCUGUGGAAACUGGAUGCUACCAUGGACGUAAAGCACAGACCUUUUAAGCCCCCGAGGCAUGACAGCUCUCCGUCCUCUUCUCCUUCCUCCUCCUCAUCUCCCAUGACUGUUCAUGCACUUAGCAGGAAGGAUAUAAAAUCCCCGCCUCCUCUGAAGUGCUCCAAACUCAAUCCAGAGACUCAGUUUCACAGGUCGCCCCCGAGAUCCUCCAGCGGGUCUUCAGGCGGCUCUUAUGGCGGCGAUGGAUGGGACAGGGUGGCCAACGGUACAGCAUCACCCUCUCAAACCGCCCAGAUCCUCUUCAGUCUGGGCACAUCAGCUUUUCAGAGAGGUGGGGAUGCAGAGAGGAGAGAGAAAAUAACAGGAAGACCAGUUGGAAAAGCGGGAAGCCCUCAUGGACCAAGUCUUCACCCACCCACCCUCCACCUCCCUCCCCCCUUACCACCACCUCCUCCUCCCCCAUCUGAGGGUCUUACCGCACCCCCUCACUCGUCCUCCUACUCCCCUACCGACAGCCUGAAGCCCGAGCUGAUUUGCGGGGUGUGCCAUCGCCUUUUCAGCUCGGCCUCCUCCCUGACAGUCCACAUGCGGCUGCAUCGUGGCAGCCGCGCCCUCAGUUGCUGCUAUUGUGGCAAAGUCUUCAUCCACAGCAAGAGACUGCAAUCCCACGAGGCCUCCUGCAGGGUGCCAGGCUUACCCUCCAACAGCCUGGGCCCUCCUUCUCUCACUGUGCAUCCAAAGGAGGAGCCGCUGGAGGAGGGCGAGGUGAGAGUAGAGGGGGGAGUGAUUGUGGGACAAUCAGACAUCAGCAAGGCGCGGCCGGGGAAGAAAGCGCGGAGCCUCCUGGCGCGUAUCCAAGGUGAUGAUGCAGCAGCCGCAGAGCUGCUAGCGGGUGAUGAGCACCAUUUUGUGAAGGUGGUGGAUGGCAAUAUCAUUUACUUCUGCUCCGUGUGUGAACGUUCCUACAUGACCCUAUCCAGCCUGAAACGUCACUCCAACGUACACUCAUGGCGGCGCAAAUACCCGUGCCAUUUCUGCGACAAGGUCUUUGCCCUGGCAGAGUACCGCACAAAGCAUGAGGUGUGGCACACAGGAGAGCGGCGCUACCAGUGCAUCUUCUGCUGGGACGCCUUCGCGACCUACUACAAUCUCAAAACACACCAGAAGACCAUUCAUGGGAUUAAUCCCAGCCUCAUCUCCAGUGAAAAGACAGCUAACGGGGGCUAUAAGCAGAAAGCUAACGCCCUCAAGCUCUACCGCCUUCUCCCCAUGCGCUCCCAGAAGAGACCCUACAAGACUUACAGUGACAGUUUGCAUAAUGGCCUUCUACUGCCACCAUCUGAUUCACCCUCCCUCUCUCUGCCUGGCCUGGGUUGUACUCUGGACCCUGGGGACCUACAAAGCAUCAUCAGUGGGGCCCACCCUCAGAGUGUAAAACCUGACCCAGAUGACUUCCCUGAUGGCUUCCCUGUUUCUGUGUCUGCGGAGCACGGGGACCUCUCCACGCUGACACCCCUCCCCCAAUCGGACAUGCCCCAAGUUAGAAAACAUGAGAGUGAGGCCCUAGAGUUAGAGCAGGGGAGAGGCAGUUUCAAAAUGUCUAGUAGCAGCAAAACCAAAACUCCCAAGACUGGUAGAGGCACAGAAACGAGCAUGCCUUCUGUGAUAACAUAUGGCCAUACAAAACCCUCUGUCAUAGUUCAUGGAACAGCAGUCUCAUCCUCUGUCAUCGUGCAUAGCAAUCAGGUCACCUCUGGAAGUGAAAAAAGCCCAAUGAGCAGCCCAUCCCCUGAAGCCAGCAGCAGUCAGACUUCACCCAAGGGCAUUCCCAGGCCAAUCAAAAAGCAUAGGGAUAGCGCAGAUAACCACAGAAAGAGGUCAAGAGACAGUUCAGAUACCACAGAGGGGGGUAGUGCAGAGACAGGCAGAUUAUUUCACAAAUCACGCAAAGCCCACAGCAAGAGUGUCAUCUCUAACUCAAAGCAGCUGUCAGCAUCUGUAGGGUCACAGGUCAAAGAGGCAGGGCCACUGUGCCAGAUUACUGUACGUAUUGGUGAGGAAGCCAUAGUGAAGCGCAGCAUCUCCGAGACAGACCUUCGGAGAGACAAGAGCCUUUCUCCCCCUAAAACCAAACGGAGUGAAACAUCAUCUGUGCACUCCCACCACCAUCACCAUAAACACCGCCUCCACCGCAGCCUGGAAGAAGAGGAUGAUACAGAAGGAGGAGAUUGCGAGGAGGAGGUCAGGAAAAAGAGCUCCAAAUCUCCCAAUGAAGUGAGGGAGUACUACUUCCGUCGGGAGGUGCGUGACCCGGACAGUGACCAAGACACAGAGGAUAACUUAUGGCGGCCUUACUACUCCUACAAGCCUAAGAGAAAGGCCCAAGCACAUCUACAGAGGGUCAAGAGCUGGCAGAGGAAGCUAAAGUUCAAGCGCUCCAUCCGUUUGAAGAGGAGGACAGACAGGAUCAAAAACCGUGUGAAUAAAGAAACAGAGAAAUCACAAGAUGAGGAAGAGGACAGGGAGAUUGAGGAGGCCGAAAAACUGUCAAAAGCUAACAGAGACGAGGGAGAGGGGGAAAAGAACGAUUAUCUCUCUGCCCCUUUAAAGGAGAAAAACAAAGACGCAGAAGAACAAGUGAAGGAGGCCUGUCAUGAGGUUUCCACUCCUCCUCUGCACUCUCCAAAGCCUCCUCUGUCUACCUCAGUGGCUCCUACGGGAAUUAAGAGGCGGCCUUGGACUAAUGGGAAUGCAGCAGAGUGUGGUACAUGUGGCCGCUGGUUCUCAAGCCCCAGGAAGCGAGACAAACACGAGCUGAGCCAUCUGCUGGAGUUUGUGUGCCUCUUCUGCCGUGCCACUUUCCCCUCAAGGGAUAAGUUGGAAGACCACCAGAGAGUCCAGCAUCCCAAGCCUUCUGAGACAUCCUCUGUACCCCCGAAAGUGGCACUCUGCGAACAAGUCGAAGGGGUCGUUGUUAAAUCUGUGCCAGAGAUUGCAAAGUAUGACGAAGAAAAAGGGGGGCAAGCAGGGAGUAAUUCUAGUCCAAGUCGCCUAAGCAGAAGAGCAUUAUCAAGACACACCUGUCCACAGUGUCACAAGGUGUGCAAGACAUCGUCAGCACUGACUCGCCAUAUCCGACGCCAUGAGUUAAGCAGUUCCCCAGAGAGAGAAAAGGAAGAGCCAAAAACAACAGAGGCAGUUGUUAACACUGUUAGCAGAGACCUAGAGACUGAAAAAGCCCAGGCUCCCUGCGCUCUCUCUGUUUCAGUUAUCAGCUAUUCAACACCCGACCCGCCCAGCAGUGGCGAGUGUUUGGCAUCACAGCAGCACGACGACCAUCUCAGCGAACUGACACAUGAACAUCAGAUGUCAGAAUCCAGUGACAAACAUGAACUGACACAUGCAGCUCUAGAGAGAGAGCCCAGCCCACAGAUUGCAGACCCUCCAUUAGAAAGCCUGGUUAACCUUACGCCCACUAAACACGAAUUCACGCCUGCCGCACCCUCCACUCUCCAGAGCGUGCUCGUCAUGAACGGACCCGAAUGCCUGGACUACCGCACCCCCAGCAAAAAGAACCAAGACAGCCAGAUCCACAGAAUACCCAGCCCUGUGCACAUCGUGGCAUCCACCAACACCUCUCCAAAUGUGCCCAUGACGUCACAGACCAGAAUAACCACUGCUGCUCCUCCUGUUUCCAUGACAACAGCUCUCAGCUCCGAGGGGGGAUUCAUGAAACGGGAUGGGGUCAUUAUGGACCGAGAGAGGCAGGGUGGGAGUGGUUUAUUUCUACAUGUAGGUUAUGAGGAACCACCUCGGGUCCAAGAUCUCAGAGUUCAGUCCCUGUCCAGGAGUCCCUCUCCGGAUGAAGCACAAGACCUGACCAUGUCCUCUAUUCUAGCCAGAGAGAGGGAGAUAGAGAGGCAAAGGGAGAACGAGAGGGAGCUGGAGAGACAGAGGGAAAGGGAGCGGGACAAAGAAAUGGUGAAAGAGAGAGAAAAGGAGAUAGAGAGGGCCCAUCAGAUGAGUAGAGUUGCACACGCCCCACAGGACCAGAUUUCUCUGUUGGUCCCUAAAGAAGAGCCCUUGAGCCCUGUGCCGUCCCCCCAGCAUAUCCCCACUCAAACCACUAUGAAUGGCUCCUCCUCACACAGGCACACUCCCAAGUCCCCCUGCCGGUCCCCCUCAACUAUUGGCCUCCUAGCUCAAGCCAACCGCCAGGUUCACUCCAGUUCACAAGGACUCGACAGGCUCCCACUGCCCACUGGAGCAGCUGGUGCCGGUGACCGCCCCUCCGCCCACGCUCUGCUUCUCCCCCGAGCCCCUCAACCACCUGAGCCGGAGCACCACGAUACCGUUUCUUCCAGAGAUCCCCAGCAGGGAGACGUCACCCCAGUGGGCUACCACGGCCAGAAUUACCCCCUACCCCUUAUUGUGCCGGACAGCUACCGCUCUGGUAAGAAGCAGGAGGAACACCUGCUCAUGUCCUCCUAUCCUGCUGGAGCUCUUCCCUUUGGCCCACUGGGGAAAAUGAUGGUCCCUAAUGGCGGGGACCUGGCUAAGCUGCCAUUUUAUCCGGACCCUUACCAGCUGCUCUACGGACCGCAGCUGCUGGCCUACCCCUAUAACCUGGCCGCUCUUCCUGUGGCUCUGAAUAUGAUGGCACCUGGCGGGGACAAGGUGGAGCCUAUGCCUUUCCUUCCUGCCAUCUUCAACUACGCGGCCACUGCUGGGCCCUACAUGGGCGCAGCCCCGCACCACCUUGUGGCAAAUCCCAGCCUGUACAGCAGCAGCAGCGGCAGCAGCAAGAAACACCGAGACAGCAGCAGCAGCAGCAAACCGUAGGACACAGAAGCACUAUAAGGAAUAUAUUUCAAUGGGGACGGCCUGGCCUGUUUAGGAUGGGAGCGGGAGGGGUGCGUGCUCACUGGGUCACUGAGUACACUCGCACGCUACCCCUGCCUCUCUUUUUAUUCAGUAGAGAUCAGAGCUAGGCAUUAAAUCAGGAGUAGGUUGAAGGGAGGAGAAGGAGCAAAGAAACGGGGAGAGGGGCCGAUAUUCUAGUGACGUAUCAUUACUCCCCUCUCUUUACUCUCGCUCACCUUUCUCCGUGUCUCUCCUGUCUUGCUGUAGUGUGUCGUAGUUCUAGAGCUUGAUUAAUCUUCCUCUCUGACUCAUUAUAUUAUCUAUAAGAAUAAGAACUGCUAACAGGGUGUGUGUUGUGUGAAAAAUUAGUUCAGUCUGCUUCCCUUUAUAGUCACCGCAUAGCGAGGAUAAACGCUCUUCAGGGAAGGCUUGUGUGGGCAAGGAUAGAGGGAUGAGACAGAAGAGUCCUCGACACAGUUGACGGUGGAGCAUUAAGCAACUCGAACCUUGCGUCAUGUUUGUACGAGCGAAUGCAGGUGUAUCCUGUCGUUAAAAUAGUCCAUGAAAGUUAUAUAUGAGCAUGUAUAUGCACAUGUAUGUAGGGAUUUGUGCAUGCAGAGGUGGGCUUGAGCAGCAGGUAUUACUGCGUACGUGUGAAUGUGUGUGUGUGUUUGUGAGUAUGUGCGUGUAUGGUUAGAUCAUUCCGUGUGAGACUCACACAGCAUUCCUACUCGAGUCGGAAUAGCUACUGUAGGUCAAAAUGUAGAAGUGCAUUUAGAAAGUGAUUCAUAUCCAAAUCAUUAAGAAGUCAACGCUGUGGCCGGGUGUGAGUCUAUGACAAUGACAGAUCAUCCGAGCUUCUAAUGUCUCAACUAACCUGGCGACUUUGUGGCCAGAUGGCACUGUAGGAUCUGUAUAGCAUUCACCAUAGUUUAUACCUUAUGUGCACAAAACUAGAAAAAGUAGUGGUCACUUAAAGGGGACACUUGUAGCUGCUUGGGAUAUGUAGCUGGCCACUGGGCAAGAAUUAAAGGCUGGUAGGCCAUUGCACUUCCGUUUUUCAUCUCAUUUCCUUCACAUAAAAAAAGGAAAAGAAUAAAAACCAGUCAGCCUUCAUCUUGCGUAGCUUUUUCCUCUUUGAUUGGAAGAGGAAAAGGCUCCAUUUCCUAAGCCAGGGAAGAAGAAAGUGACAGCAAGGAAGGAAAAACGAAAAAUGGAUUCAGGGUAUUGAGUUGUUUCUGUAUAGGAAAAGAAAUAUAUGGGCACAAAACUGUUGGACUCUGAGUCAGAAGGACCCACAGAAAUGAGUUUGGGGACAAAAAGAAACUGCUCCCCCACUGGGGGGUGGGAGGGGAAAUAGCCUGAGCUAUUUCCCCUCCCACCCUGUGUCAUUUACUAAGAGGUAGGAAAAAGGCUGAGCUUAGCAGCCAAAGUGGUGGCCGAACUCCCCAGGUGCCCUCCUGGGGCCUUUUUUUGUUACGUGUAAUGUUAUCUCUAUAUGUUUGUUUUGUUAAACUAUGUUGUUGUUUAUGUUGUUUAGCCCUCUUACCAGAUGGAAAAAUGGCUUCAGUGAAAAGGGGGAGUAAACUUAAAAAUAUGAAUGUAAAUUUAGUCAUGAGGUUAAUGAAGUACAGCUGCAUUAAUGGUAGAGUUGGUUUUCAGUUCCUUUUUGUUUCCGUUAUGACACAAAUAACCUGUUAAAGAACCGUAUAACGUCUGGUAUGCAUAUAUACAGUAGUCCUAGGAACAUGUCAGUAAACUUGGGUUCUGUAUCCACAACGCAUGAGCAACACUUUGCUUCCUAACCGUUUAUAUCCUCGGCAAAUCUGGCAUUGUGCGCACAGCUUUUGUUUUUCUGUUUGAUAUUUUUCUGGCUCUCUUCAUCUUCCAUAUAUCUGUUGAUUUUUUUUUUUUUUUUUUUUUAUUCAUUAUAGACCGCAGUUUGGAACAAUUCCACAAAACCAGCUGCCACAUUUACGUCUCAAAGUCACUAUUUAGGAGCUGUUUAAUUCUCCCUCUUCCCUCAAGCAUACACUGCACCUCCUCUGAAUGAAGUACAUAUGUUUCAGUGUGCGUGCAUGUGUGUGUGUGACGGGGCACCUUUUUGGUUCAGGCAGGAGUGGUAAAACACACUGUGACCAACUGCAGGGGCGCACAAGCAUCCCCUUGGGUGUGGUUACAAGCCUUUUUUGCGUGUAGGCGUACGUGUUUUGUGUACGAGAGUGAGUGACUGCGCGAAUAUGAAAACCAAAAUAAAUCUGCCUGAGCAGCAUAUCCCUUGGCAGUAUACGGGCCACCUGUUAUUUUUUUUUUGUUCUUUGACACUUUCCUGUGAGUUAGUUUCAGUGUAAAAAAGCCUUGCUGUCUCCAAUACACUAUCUCAAGCCAUUCCUGUAGAUGGACAUGUAUGUGUUUUUGGACCAUUUCUUAUGCCAUCAUGGUUAUCAUACAGACCAAAAGCAUGCAAAAAUCGACGUAUUGUAGUGACUGGACUGGAAUCUGGUGGUAAUAUACAACUAUUUACUGUAUGUUUUAGUUUAAAUGAAUGUGCCUCUGCUUUGAUAUUUAAAUAAUUAUCUAUAGAAAGAUGUGGAUCUGCCAGAUUUCAACUGUUAAGGUGCCUUGUUAUGGCAUAAGAAAUUUGAAAUAGCAAACGAACGUUUUCUUGAGAGACGACAGAUUUGGAGAUAGAUUUCAUGGCUUUGUUUGCUAUGAAGCUGUUCAUAGACGUAGGGGUGUGGCUAAACUGUUUUUGGUAUCGUGUACAUGUCUAGGGUAAUACUGUGCCAUAUAGAGCCCACAAAAUAUGUUAAUGUUAUUUUUAAAAGAUGUUUUAAUGUUGCCUGAUGACUUUGUCUUUAGAUUUGAUACAAAGGCUUGUAGCCACAGCUCUCCCAAAGUCUGUAGUCUCCUUUUCCGACAUUCUUCCUGUUCUCUCUCUCUCUCUCCCUCCCCUUGUUUCUGUCUCCCUUUCUUUCUCUUUGCUGCAAUCAAACAAAAUAAAGUAUUAACCUGAUGACCCAAUGAAAUCAA